UGCGUCCAUCGUCACAGCGCCUGGCCAAGUGAUUUGAAAAAAUGUAGGCAUUAUUCUAGGGUUCUUUGGGGUUUGGAUUGUUCGCGAUUCCUGGAGCUUCUCUUUGCCACUGCCAUCAGAAGAUUCCCAUCAGCAAGUCUCGUCCAGAAUGGUUUUUCUUCGAGGUAUUCAAAGAAAAUCCCAAUGUUCGUAUAAGCAAUAGCAUUCUGGAGCGAUGGAAGGGACUACAUGGUAGCUUCGGCAGGCAAUGGAAUUUCCUUGAGAGAUGUAUCGUUGAGAGAAAACAAUUCCAAUGCUCUCUCCGAGCGUCGCAGAUGCGGGAAUACAAACUCGCAACCCGGGGAAACUUGUAGCUUUAAUGAUCAACGAGCAUUCAACUCCAACGACAACUUGAAGAGAAAAGAUAGCACGAUACGAAGGAGCAUUCCAGCGCUCCUCGCGACGCUAAAGUCUUGCAGCAGUAAGGAGGAACUUGAACAGGUGCUCGCCAAAUGUGGACGAGAUGGGAACGUUUUCCUGGCGAACACAUCCAUCGACAUGUACGCCAGAUUUGGGAGCCUGGUCGAAGCUCGGCGAGUUUUCGACGACAUGAAGCAGCGAACCGUGGUGUCCUGGAAUGCGAUCAUCAAGGCUUAUUCUCGGAGUGGAGAAAAGGAUUUGGCACUGAAACUUUUCUCCACCAUGCUGGAUCAAGGCUUCCAGCCGGACGCGAGAACCUUCGUGGCUGUUCUUGGUGCCUGCGCCGGCUUGGCAGCCGGAGAAGACGGCAGGGAGCUGGCUGGAAAAAUGGUGAAAGUGUUCUCUCUGGAGAGAGCAAUGGCUUUUCACUCAGAGCUUUCCAGGAGUGACCUCGAGUCUAACCGGUUUCUGGCAAGCACGCUACUCGACUUUUACGUGAAGUGUGGAUCUCUGGAAGACGCUCGACGGGUUUUUGACGGGAUCCAAGACCGCAGUGUGUCGUCUUGGAACGUAAUGAUCCUUGGAUAUGCAGAGAACGAUCAAGGCGAGGUGGCUCUCGAGCUCUUUUCUCUCAUGCAACGCACUAGAGGUGGUGAGCCGGAUGCUCGGACAUUCCUCGCGGCAGCCAUUGCCUGCACGAGUCUGGCAGCUAGAGAAAGUGCAAAACUUCUGCAGGGAAAACUUGUCAAGGUGGUCAGUUUGGAAAGAGGCAUGGUACUUCACAAACUACUUGGAGGAAAUCUCCCUGCAAACCUCUUCGUUGGGAGCACCCUCAUCAACUUGUAUGCGAAGUGCAGGAGCAUGGUGGACGCUAGUCGGGUCUUUGAGAAGAUGAGAGAACGCGACGCGGUGCUGUGGACUGCCUUGCUUCUGGGAUUCGUGGAAAGCAAAGAAGAUGAAGCGGCCUUGGAGGUUUUCUCUCGCAUGCUGCUGGUGGAAAGCUUGGCACCGGACUCAAGAACUAUCGUCGCUGUCUUGAGGGCCUGUUCAAGCCUUGCAGCCAAGGAGGAAAGCCAGAGACUCCAAGGACGAGAUCUUAAAAUCAGGUGGCUGGAAACAGGCAUGACUUUGCAUGCUAUGCUUGCGGAGCUCGGGCACAGUGCAAACAUUUUUGUGGCAAACACGCUGGUGGACAUGUACGCGAAAUGUGGAAGCAUGGACAACGCGCGGCUGGUCUUCGAUAGCAUGCAAAGGCAUAGUGUAGUUUCGUGGACUGCUAUGGUCUCGGGAUAUAUGGAGAACCAUGAAGGCGAGAUUUCCUUAAAGUACUUUGAAGCGAUGCUAGCUGAAGGCUUCGCGACUGACGCUCAGGCUUAUCUUCCAGCGCUCAUGGCCUGCACAAGUCUGGCGGAGAAGGAAGAGCCAACAGGUUUUCCAGGCGAUAGAACAAUGAUGGUGAAAGUUUUGAGCUUGGAGAGAGGCAUGGCUGUUCACUCUCGAGCUCGAAGAUCUGGUGAUGACUCCAACUCGUUUGUGGCAACUUCGCUUAUCAACAUGUACGCGAAGUGUGGCAGCCUUGGUGAUGCUGAGCGUGUCUUUUUCGUGACGAGGCAUCGAAGCUCGGUGCUGUGGACUUCGAUGAUAAUGGCGCUUGCGGAAGGUGGUGAAGGCAAGAUGGCUCUGGAUUUGUUCCAGAGGAUGCAAGACGAAGGUGUGGAACCGGACUCUCGGGCUUUCAUUGCGGCUUUAAGUGCGUGCUCAGGCCUUGCCAGCAAAGGAGAGAAGACUAAGAAACUUACUGGACGACAGCAGCAGCAGCAGCAGCAGAGGUGGCUGGAAACAGGGAUGGAACUUCACUCUCGAGCAGCAAAGCUGGGUCUUGAGGCAGAUAUAUUCGUGGCCAACACUCUGGUGGACAUGUACUCAAAGUGCAAGUGCAUGUAUAUGGCGAGAUGGGUUUUUGAAGGGAUGCAGCAGCGAAGUAUAGUAUCGUGGAACGCGAUCAUCAGUGGCUACGUCGAGGCCGGGGAGAGCCACACGGCUUUGGAGCUCUUCCAGCGCUUGCAGCAGCAGCAAGAAGAUCCAGCACCAAACGCUCAAACUUUCGUGCCGGCACUCAAGGCAUGCACGAUACUUGCAUUGUUCGAGGUCGGGAGAAAGAUUCAUGCCAGCAUUCGCGAGGCUGGGCCCAGCGACUGUGUUCUUUUGGCCAACGCACUCAUUGUCUUUUACGGGAAGUGUGGAAGCAUGGCCGAGGCAGAGGAGGUUUUUGCAUCAAUCCAGAGGCAGCAGCACCUUGUUCUUCCAGUGAUCAUCUGGAACAAUCUUCUUGCGGGAUACAGCCAGUGCGGGGACUCCAAGUCAGUACUUGAAACUUUUGAGAGGAUGACGAAGGAUCGAUCGGUAGCUCCUGACGGCACGACUUUCCUGUGGCUUCUCAGCGCUUGCAGCCACUCAGGACUGGUGGAAGAUGGCAAGUGCUACUUGGAGGCCAUGGCAAGAGAUUACGGCAUUGCUCCCGGCGUGGAGCACUACAACUGCGUGGUGGAUCUACUGGGACGAGCAAACCUUGUGGAGGAGAGCGUGGCUGUGGCCGAGAGCAUGCUGGUGGAGGCCGACUCAAUGGUGUGGAAGACGGUGUUAUGCGCUUGCAUUGAGUGGAAGGAUUUGGAGAAUGGAAGGGCUGCAUUCCAGAGGAUGGUGGAGCUGGACGAGAGUGAUUCUGCAGCCUAUGUUUUGAUGGCCAAGUUGUAUAGCCAGUGUGGCAUUCCACUUCCCAUCAAACAUCGGGAGCAUUCCAUGGACGUACAGCGAUGGCAGCAUGAGAUCUAAAAAGUUUUCAUUGACAAUACAGUAAACUAUUAGAAGCUUACAGCGCAAGAGAACUCCACUGUUGAGGACUUUAUGCUGAUUUAGGGUUUGGAGCAAGGACAUGGAGGCAGUAGUUGAGUCUCUUUUAUUUGAAGGCCUUACCCAGAGCCCCAAGUACUAAUCCGAGUUCCAAUAGAGCCAGGCA